CCCUCCCCCUCUCUCCUUCCCUUCACUCUUCUUUCUCUCUCUAAAAGACUGACUCUGUUAAUUCCGUCAUUGACUAUGCCCUGUGAGAUGACUCACUUUGGAUCGGUCAGCUUAGCUCCAAGAGAUAUUAUUCUCUAAUCCCAUUUUCCCUGCUAGUUAAGUUGGAGAACUUAAUUGGUAGAAGAUAGACAGAACCCAGAAAGUGUUUGAUAUGAUCAUUCAUGUCAAAGAUUCUCAAGAUUGUAGCAGAAAUCCUGUGUAUUUAAUACAGGGUUUUAAUCAGUCAAUUUAGUAACAUUCAUAAUCACCCUUGAUUUUUGUUUUGGUUUUGGUUGUUGGGCAACAUUCCCACCUGAGGAAAAUACCAAAGCCGUUCACUUUCCAGCAUUUAAAUCAUGAAUUUAUUGAAUUACCACUGAGAGGGGUUUUCCUUCUUUCUCUUCAAUUUGUUGCAAUGGUCAGAAAUGUGGUGGGGGGGUUUUUGGCAGGUUUUGGAUUGCGGAAUGGGAUAAAACAGAGAAACUGAUGCAUGCGUUGGAAUUUCUGCAACCUCCUGCAGAAUCUAGCAAGAGGUGGAUCUGAGUCUGAGGUGCUUUAGAACCUGUAGCAUUUUGCGGCUAUUGCACAUUCCAUUGUCAAGAUUAGCUCUGGAAUUUCUUCAUUCUCAAAGAGUUGAAGACAUUGCAACAAAUCGCGGGUGAGAUCCUCUAUUGCGUUCUCAUCUGUUAGGAUAUUCUAUCAACUAUUGGUGGUUGGUUCUUCAAAGCACACUUGUCAGCCUGAAUUCCAAUGAUGAACUUGGGAGAAAAACUCUUUACACUGGAAGAGGAACAAGUUCAGAUGAAUGGUUCUUGGGUACCUGUCACCCCUGAGAAGCCAGUUCAAAUAAGGCCUGAUACAAUAUCGGCAGGUUGGCAGGAAAGCCAAAUGGUAGGAGGGAAUUUGAAAAAGUCAACUGUUUCUGGAUGUGGCUACAUGAAAGAGAUGCUGCAGUAUAAUGUUCUACAUCAAAAUGUGCACCUAAUAGGACAUAAUGAAGAGUACAAUUAUUUUGAUGGGGUUCCUUCUGAGAGAGCCAGUGUCAUCGAUGACAUUGAUGUGGACUUUGAAGGCAAUAGAUUGAAUACUUUGGAACUUCUCUUCAUGAAUAAUGCACGUAACAAUGGUUAUGCUGACAGUAACUUGAGUGAAAAUAUAAGCAUGGCAGUAAGAACGCCAGUGCUUCCAAAAUUUCAUCCUCACACAAGAAGCAACGGGAGAGAUUUCAAUGCAGAUGGUUUCACCGUCAACGAAAACAAGAACUAUGCAGAUUCAGAUACAGCGUACACAGAUGCGAAUCUUUUGGUCCCAAAUAAAAAUUCUGAAUGCGAUAGCAGCAGCUUAUAUGAUUUUCUGAACAAUGACCCUCACUGCUCAUUCUCAAGCCUGCUGAAUAGUAGCCUAUCUGAGUCAGAGAUACCCAAUGGUGGUUUUUACAUACCUUGCAGACCCAAGUAUGAUCAAAACUCUGCAGCCGUCACGGAAGCUGAUGAUGUCUUCAGUUUCACCAACUCCUUCCAAUCAGUGCCACGAACAAUGGAUCAGUUUGAUAAAUCGACAGAUGACCGGUUUAUGAAGUAUGUAACAGCUGAAAGUCAAAUUCAGGUGACAGACAGGCUAGACAACUUGGUUGCAUCCGCAGCAAAUGAUCACCAGGAAUAUUGCGAUGGACUUCUACAGCAUAUUGUCGACACAUCUGCAGCACUUUCUCAAUCACAAAACAAUAAUGAGGGUUCUGAAAAUGAUCAUCGUAGAGGAAAUGGCCUAGAUAUUGAUCUGAAUAAGACGCCUGAGCAGAAACCACCUAAACGAAGAAAACAUAGGCCGAAGGUAAUUGUAGAAGGCAAGCCAAAAAGAACUCCAAAUCCUGAAACUAGAAAGAAGAGAGAAUCUAAGGAGAAUCCAGCCCAAAAGAGGAAGUAUGUACGAAAGAAGGUCCCAAAAGAAGGAGCAACACCACAAGAUGAUGUUAUAGAGACUUUAGGUUCUGUGACAGCAACUGGAAAAUCUUGCAGGAGAGCUCUAAAUUUUGAUUUAGAAGAGAAUAGAUGCAAAGACCAGAACAAAACAGUCGAUCUGCAGGAGAUCCAGAAUAGAAAUGGGUUGCUGACAGAGUUGCUCAGUGCAUCAAACAUAUGUUAUGAUACAAACUCAGCUUUGCUUCUCAGCAAGCAGGAUGGAUUUACAGUUGAAAACCAGCAACCCAGAAGCACAGAUGAUGGUGCCUUUCUAUUGCAUCAAAAGCUAACUGACAGAUACCUGCUGAAAGAGCAAGCGAAUGUACCCUUGUCAGCAAAUACAGAAAUGAGGAUUAAAAAUUUGUCAGAGACUGAGCAAGGUCCAACUCAAGGCAAUGCUGGAUUAUGCAAGGAAAGAAACAAGGGAUUCUUGGAGCAAUGUAGUCGCACAGAUGGCACUGACAAUGUUCUCUUACAAUCAGAGACGUGCCUAGAGUUCCCUCAAAGGACCAAAAUACCAGUAUCCCAAAAUAUCCUUCAUUUGGUGCCGAACAUUUUGUCCAAUUGCGUUGAAGGAAGCAGUUUGAAGAGAAAAUACUGCCACGCCAAUGAGAAGCAAUAUGUCUCUGCCACAAAUCCACUUGAUUCUUCCUUGCUACACCAAGAGAUUUUCCAAGUGGAUGAAAAUUGUAAUGGCACACCUCUGAAUGAAAAUGUAUUGAAAACUCAGAAAAGGAGGAAAACUCAAAAUAAAGUUGGUUCACAAAAAGUAAGAAGAAAAGGCAAAAAUAAAUCUCAAACACAAUUGACUGAUGAGACAUCAAGCUGCUCUGCUGGUGAUGGCCUUACUAGCUCAGAUGCCCUACACAAGAUAUAUCCCACACCAAUUGAUGAGAUCAUUUGUCGACUCAAAGAUCUCAACCUUGGGGACAACAAUAUAUCAAGAGUGGAUGGACAAAGUGCAAUCGUCCUGUAUAAUGGAGAAAAUUCAGUUGUCCCAUAUGAGAGUUUCGACUUCACGAAAAAACGUAAACCGCGACCCAAAGUGGAUCUUGACCCAGAAACAGAGAGAACCUGGAAACUAUUGAUGGACAAGGAAGGAAGUGAAGGCCUUGAAGGAAAUGACAAGGAAAAGGAGAAGUGGUGGGAAGAGGAAAGAGGAGUUUUUCGUGGAAGAGUUGAUUCCUUCAUUGCACGAAUGCAUCUUGUUCAAGGAGAUAGACGCUUUUCACGGUGGAAGGGAUCAGUAGUGGAUUCAGUGAUAGGAGUCUUCCUUACUCAGAAUGUUUCAGAUCAUCUUUCAAGCUCAGCCUUCAUGUCUCUAGCAGCAAGGUUUCCUCUUAAGUCAGAAAGUGACAAGAGAUCAAGCUGUAUUGUUGGUACAGAAAAAGUGGUCGAAAAUCCAGAAGUCUGCAUAGUCAAUCUAGAUGACAUCAUGAUAUCAUCCAACAAAAGAUUAAGUCAGCCAACCUACCAUCAAGGCUUUGUACCUCCCCAUGAUACAAGUGAGCACUUAAGAGACUGUGAGACAUCAAGAAUAAAAAUGAGUAUAGGAGGUCCAUAUAAUCAGAGCUCAAAUGAUGAAAUCAUAUUGUCACAAGAUUCUCUUGAUCACUCAAUUGUUGAAGCCACCAGUGGGAUAAGAUCCUGUUCAGGUUCCAAUUCAGAAGCAGAAGGCCCUACGACUGGGUGUGAACCCUGGAAGACUCAACUUUUAAAUUCAACAAAUUCUGUACAGGUAGGAAAGACUACUCUCUUCCAAGAAUUUUACAGUAGUGUAAAUGGAAUGUCACUGUUUGAAGAGAGAACCAAAGAUGGACGGGUUCUACCCGCAAAAUAUGUCGAACAAAACUCAAGAUCAGAUGAAAUUGAUGAUCUCAUUUCCCAUUCAGCAUUUAAUCAUCUGCUCAAUUUUGGAAAUUCACAAAAGCGAGUGUCUGAAGUUUAUUCAACGGACUAUGAGUUACAUGACCCAGAGGCACUAGGGAUGUUGAAAGCUUCUCAAAUGAAUGGUAAGGAGUCUUCUGGGCCAGAAACCAUUUCCCUCAUCAACAAGUCACAGGCUACUGACUAUAGGAGUGUCAGCAUCCAGGACAUAGGAGGAAGUGUGGAUAAAUUGACUGAGAAGCAAUAUGGGCCAAUUAUGUCUCGGGAGUUGCCAACCAUUAACCCGUAUGAACCAUUAAGUGUGCAUGUUGUCCAACUGCAAGAUAACUCCCCAUCAGGAUCUGAUACAAAUCGUCAUCAUCAACCUUUAUCUAGCCAUCAUCAAGGUUCUCAUGCUGAAAAAAGAAUAUCUGAGGUAAAUGGACAAGCCUAUUCGAAUGAUAGAAUUGCUGAACCAAAGCCACAGGAGCAACUUUGUACUUCUGGCACCACGAAUAUAGAGAGCCCCAAGAAAGUUUCAAAAUCGAGGAAAAUAAAGCUUGAGACUGAGAAGAUGAACAAAGUUAACUGGGAUGAUUUGAGAAAGCAAGCACAAGCAAAUGGGGCAAAAAAAGAAAGGAGCAAAGAAACAAUGGAUUCACUGGACUACAAAGCACUGAGAUGUGCCUCAGUUAAAGAAAUCUCUGAAACUAUUAAAGAAAGAGGAAUGAACAAUAUGCUAGCAGAAAGAAUGAAGGAAUUUUUGGACAGACUGGUUAGAGAACACGGAAGCAUUGAUUUGGAGUGGUUAAGAGAUGUUCCUCCUGAUAAAGCAAAAGAUUAUCUGCUAAGCAUUCGUGGAUUGGGGCUGAAAAGCGUGGAGUGUGUACGGCUUCUAACGCUUCACCAUCUUGCUUUCCCUGUUGACACAAAUGUUGGAAGGAUAGCAGUUAGACUUGGAUGGGUCCCUCUUCAACCGCUUCCUGAAUCACUUCAGUUACACCUCCUUGAAUUGUAUCCAGUGUUGGAAUCAAUACAGAAGUAUCUCUGGCCCAGAUUGUGCAAGCUUGACCAGAAAACCUUGUAUGAGCUGCACUACCAGAUGAUUACCUUUGGAAAGGUUUUCUGUACAAAGAGUAAACCGAAUUGUAAUGCAUGUCCUAUGCGUGCAGAAUGCAGACACUUUGCAAGUGCUUUUGCAAGUGCCCGGCUUGCAUUGCCUGGACCAGAAGAGAAAGGAAUGGUGAGUAAUCCGGUUCCCAUUGCAACUGAGAGAAAUCCUACUGCCAAUAUGAAUCCAACGGUACUGCGUCUCCCUCACAACAAUGUGCUUGGAGAAGCAACGUCUGAAAUUCGUAUCUGUGAGCCAAUCAUUGAAGAACCGGAAACACCAGAAAAAGAGUGCCCAGACACACAGGGAUUGGAAAGUGACAUUGAGGACUCGUUCUAUGAGGACCCUGAUGAAAUUCCAACCAUCACGCUCAAUACCGAAGAGUUUGCAAUGAAUAUAAAAAACAUAUUGCAAGAGAACAUGGAGCUUGUGGAGGGUGACUUGUCUAAGGCACUCGUUGCUUUAAAUCCAGCUACAUAUUCUAUUCCUACACCAAAACUGAAGAAUGUGAGUCGGCUACGGACAGAACACUACGUAUAUGAGCUUCCAGAUUCUCAUCCUCUCUUGGAAAAGAUGGAUAAGCGGGAACCUGAUGACCCAAGCCCAUACCUUCUUGCAAUUUGGACACCAGGUGAAACUGCAAAUUCAAUUGAGCAACCGGAGAGAAGAUGCAAAUCCCAAGACUCCAACAGCCUAUGCAAUGACAAGACAUGCUUUUCAUGCAAUAGCGUUAGAGAAGCUAAUUUGCAAACAGUCAGAGGAACUCUCCUGAUACCUUGUAGAACAGCAACAAGAGGGAGCUUUCCACUAAAUGGUACUUACUUUCAAGUUAAUGAGGUAUUUGCAGACCAUGCUUCGAGCAUUCAACCCAUUGAUGUUCCCAGGGAAUGGAUAUGGAAUUUGCCGAGGAGGAUUGUGUACUUUGGAACAUCUGUAUCAGCCAUUUUCAAAGGUCUCUCGACUCAAGGGAUUCAACAGUGCUUUUGGAGAGGGUUUGUUUGUGUCAGAGGGUUUGACCAAGAAACGCGCGCACCUCGCCCUCUUAGGGCCAGAUUGCAUUUUCCAGCUAGUAGAUUAAACAGAGGGGGAAAAGUGAAAACAAGAGAUUAGUCGGACAUGAUGAUGGGAAUUUUACCAGUAAGUGUUAGCAUUACUGACUGAUUGACAGAAGCUUGUUGGCUAGCAGACUUCGCUCCUCAUAUAUUAGUUUCUUGGGUUGAGGCUGACAUGAAAGAAUCCACCAAGCCAGCAAGAAAAUAGAAGAAAUUUUAAUUUAUGAUUCAGAUUCUCAAAGCCUGUGGGAUUAAACUGUAAAUCAUCUUCAUUGAAGCCCGAGACAGCAAUUCUUUGAAAAAUAGUUGACAUUAUACCCAAAGCAAUUGUAGUUAUCUCAUUCAAAAGUAGAGAGUGAUCAUGUGAUUUGUGAUUGAAAACCCUAAUGUUAAUAGGUUCACAUGUAAUCCACUUCAUUUUUUUUACGAGUUAUCCACUCCAUUCAUGAUUAAAAACCCUAAUGUCAUUUUUCACACA